GAAUGCAUAGCUUGUUUAGCAAAUUUAUUCAGCUUCAAUUUUGUUUUUUUAUCUUAACCUCGUAGGACGAUUUGUCGCAGAGAUAUCAGCCUUCAAACAGAAAAUAAUCCUUUUGGCUUUGAUCAUCGAUAUUUCAGGUACCAAUGAUCGCACAAAAAGUUGAAGGGCGGCGUUGAAAACUUAAAUGAAUUCCCUACAAGACCCUGUCAUCAUUUUUUGGAAAAACAGAUUUUUUUUAUUUUUAACAUCCAUUAGAACUCUCUUCGUGUUUUCUGCUGCGAUGUUCGCUCUAAUUUUUUCUCCUUGGGACCAAUCCACUGGUGUUAUAUCCUCCAAGUUAAUCCGGAAAAGAUUGGAUUUCAAUCGUGUGACCGUUAGAUGGGGGAGAAAAUUUGUGUCUGCUUUUAUCAUCGCUGAAAAUGAAGACGUCAAUUGGUAGGAGAGUUUCAUGGUAAAUACUGAUGGCAUAAUUAUUGGGUACGAGAAGACCACGGAAACUGCCCCUGCUGCAAAUACUACUACUACUACGGAUGAUGAUUCUGAUGCCGCUGCUGAUGAUGACAUUUGUCACGUUGGUGCUGUUGCUGCUGUUAGUGCUACGUCUGGUGCUAGUGCUUAUGGUACUCCUGGUGCCGCUGCUGCUACUGCUAAUGCUACUCCUGAUGCCGCUGCUGCUACUUCUGCUGCUGGCGCCGCUGAUGCUGUCGCGGAUCCCGGAGCUGUCGCUGGUACUGUUGCCGAUGUAGAAGUUGUCGACGAAAUAAUAGCAAUUUAUGGGAAUGUUACCAGUACUUGUAAUAGUGAUAGUAUUGGUUCAACUGUUGGUGCUGGCAUUGAUAGUACUGUUGAUACUGGAGUCGCUGAUGCUGGUACGGGUACAGGUGCUGUUGUGGGUGUCACGUUCGGCGCUGGUGCUGCUGCUGCUGGUGGAGUUGUCGCUGGUGCUGUUGCUGAUGCUGGUGCUACAAUGGGUGCUGUUGCUGAUGCUGGUGCAGAUGCUACUCCGAGUGCAGCUGCUGUAGCUGUCGUUGGUACUGUUGCUGCUACGGGUACUGCUGUUGGUGCUGUUACUGAUGCUGUUGGUGCUAGUGCUGGUGCUACUCCGGGUGCAGCUGCUGCUGCUGGUAUUGAUGAUGGUGAAGCGGUCGCUGGUGCUGUUGCUGAUGCUAGUGCUGCUACGGGUACUGCUGCCGGUGCUGUUGCUGAUGCUGCUCUUGGUACUAUGUUUGGCGCUGGUGCUGAUGCAAAUCCAGGUACUGGUGUUGUUGCUGAUUCUGCUGAUGCUAGCGCUACUCCGGGUGCAGUUGCUGUAGCUGAAAUUGAUGAUGGUGGAGCUGUCGCUGGUGCUGUUGCUGCUACGGGUGCUGCUGUUGGUGCUGUUACUGAUGCUGUUGGUGCUAGUGCUGAUGCUACUCCGGGUGCAGCUGCUGCUGCUAGUGUUGAUGAUGGUGGAGCUAUCACUGGUGCUGUUGCUGAUGGUAGUACUGCUAUGGGUGCUGCUGCAGGUGCUGUUGCUGAUGCUGCUGUUGGUGCCACGUUUGCCGCUGGUGCCGAUGCAACUCCGAGUGCAGCUGCUGCUGUUGUUGCUGGUGGAGCUGUUGCUGGUGCUGCUAAUGCAAGUGCUGCUAAUACUGAUGUCGUUACUUCUGUGGUAACGACAGCUCAGAAAACCGGGAUGGUUGAAUUAAUCAAAGGAACCAAUGUUCACUUACGGUCUCUUGAUCUGCAAGAUAUAAUGAGAUUUGAAAAUAAGCCGAAGGAAAUGAUUCGCCGGCUGUUACUCAGCAUCCUAGGAUCACAACAAUUAAAAAAGCUGACACUUCAGAGCUGUCAACACGAUCCUGUUCUGAAUCAGCUGUUAGACACUGUUGAAAGAUUCACUCUGCAAAAUACCAUUCGAGAGAACCAGUUAACCAGAUAAGACUUCAAGAGAUGUAUUACGCUAUUUUUAUGGAAUUUGAAAAACCCUAAAAAGAAAUUUUAAAUAAAUUAUAAUUUGCC